CAGAAAGAAAAUAAUAUGUGAAAAACAAAUUAGACAGGGAAGAGAGGGUAAAUCGGGUUGUAUGACGGCCGUGUAAUAUAAUAUCUGCGCUGUACAGAGCACAAAAAGCAUUUGAGAUCAUUAGUGCUUGUAAUAAUUGAAUUACACACAACACAAACUAAAUUAAAAUUAGUACGUUUAAUAAAUAUUUGAAAUGUGUUGUAAAUAACGCAUUUUUGAUCCGAAUGGCCUUCCAUACAUCCUCAAAAAGAGAUCCAGAACGCAACAAGAAUGUGAUUGGUUACGCCCAACGUCACUGAACACGGCAGAGCAGAGGCAGAGACAGACAGCAAUGACUCGGUAGUGUGAGCAUGUAGUUGGUGGCUGAAUCUCGUUUUACUGGUCAAAUCCGCCAUUAGUUUGUCCAAGAGAGACUCUGUGUUUGUGAAAACAUUUGUAAUAUCUGAAAGGUAGUCUUGAGAAAAUCACGUCUCUUUAGAUUCAAGUAGAAACAUGCAGUUUUGGAGUGCAGUCAGAUGACAUUUUGUAUAGAGCACAGAACGGAUAUAAUUUGCUAUCCAUAAAUCUAGGGUUUACGUGUGGAGAGAUUAUUCGAAAGAAGUAUUACACCUAAUUGGAGUACAUAUAUUUUCUGGUUAUACGUGGGAUUUGCACAUCACACAUGAUUUAUGGUGUCCUUCCUUAUUCGUCGUCAUCACGCAGAAGAUAAAUCCGGAGGGGUGAAUACAGUCUUCAGGAUCUGGCCUUUUAAUAUACACAAGAGUACACAUGUCCUCCUCAGGGCUAAGCCUUGCCGUAUCCCUGCUGUUGAAGAGACCCUGCCGGCCUCACGGACCUGCCACCUUGAAAUCCAGUGUUUGAAGAGGAAUGUCUGAGGGAGACGCAAAGUCUGUUCUGGUUCCUGGAUCAGAAGUGAAGCCAGAGUCUGUGUCUGCAGUCCCCGGCAUUUCUCCCAUGUCACCUCCGGUCACAGCAGUGGCCCAGGCCCCCCCAGCAACAGAGGAUGAGGAGGAGGAGGAGGAGGAGGAAAGUGAAGAUGAGUCUGAGAUCCUCGAGGAGAGUCCUUGUGGGCGCUGGCAAAAACGGAGAGAGGAGGUUAACCAGAGGAAUGUCCCAGGGAUCGACAGUGCCUACCUGGCAAUGGACACAGAGGAGGGAGUGGAGGUUGUGUGGAAUGAGGUUCAAUUCUCAGAGAGGAAAAACUUCAAACUACAGGAGGAGAAGGUUAAAGCUGUUUUUGACAACUUGAUCCAACUGGAGCACCUGAACAUUGUAAAAUUCCAUAAGUACUGGGCAGACGUGAAGGAAAAUAGAGCCAGGGUAAUUUUCAUUACGGAAUACAUGUCAUCCGGAAGCUUGAAGCAGUUCUUAAAGAAGACAAAAAAAAAUCACAAAACCAUGAAUGAGAAGGCAUGGAAAAGGUGGUGUACCCAGAUACUAUCUGCCCUCAGCUACCUCCACUCCUGCGAUCCUCCCAUCAUCCAUGGCAACUUGACAUGUGACACCAUCUUCAUCCAGCACAACGGGCUCAUCAAAAUUGGAUCAGUUGCUCCUGACACCAUCAAUAACCAUGUGAAAACAUGUCGAGAGGAGCAGAAGAACUUGCACUUUUUUGCACCAGAGUAUGGAGGAGCUGUGACAGAUGUUACGACUGCCGUUGAUAUCUACUCCUUUGGAAUGUGUGCACUAGAGAUGGCUGUGCUUGAAAUCCAGGGCAAUGGAGAGUCUUCCUAUGUAUCACAGGAAGCUAUAAAUAAUGCCAUUCAAUCUUUGGAGGAUCCUUUACAAAGAGAGUUCAUUCAGAAGUGUUUGGAGUUAGAUGCGGUUAAACGGCCCACAGCUCGGGAGCUGCUGUUCCACCAGGCCCUCUUUGAAGUGCCAUUGUUGAAGCUGUUGGCAGCACACUGCAUUGUCAGCCAUCAGCAUAUGAUUCCUGAAAACGCUUUAGAAGAAAUUACCAAAAACAUGGACCCCAACCUGGUAAUAGCUGAGAGUACGGAGGGGGUACAACUUAAGCUUUCACAGUUUCCAGCCCUUGAACUAGAUAAGUUUCUAGAAGAUGUAAGAAAUGGUAUCUACCCCCUAACGGCUUUUGGGAUUCCCUGUCCCCAGCAGCCACAGCAGGAGGCAGUGAAAUCUCCAAUUGUACCGCCAUCUGUGAAAACUCCAACACCAGAACCAGCUGAGGUGGAGGUGAGAAAGGUUGUUCAGAUGCAGUGUAACAUUGAACCUGUCGACGAAGGAGCAAAACAUCAUUUGACUUUACUUUUGAAACUGGAGGACAAGUUAAACAGGCAUCUGAGCUGUGAUUUAUUGCCUAAUGAGAAUGUUCAAGAAUUGGCUUGUGAGCUCGUUCAGCUGGGAUUCAUCAGUGAGGCGGACCAAAUUCGUCUCACCUCCGUGCUUGAAGAGGCAUUCACCAAGUUUUACAACCGAAAUGGAUCCCUCAACGAUAUCACCGUGUCUUCAUAGCAAACAUUUGGGUUAUUGGGCAUUACCACAGCUCUGUUGUCAACCAUUAUCCUUUUAUGACCAUUUACAGGAGGAGAAAUUACAUCACAGAAAGAUGAUUUAAAAAAUAAAUAAAUAAAUACAGUUAAAGCUCAUGUUGCAUGUGCUACUUUUCUUGUUUGUUUUAAAGAAAAAAAAACUUUUAAGUCUGUAUUUAUCAUGUUAUGUAUAAUCUACUUGUGCUUUCAAAGCCAUUUUUCACUUGGUGAAAAAUAGUUGAGCUACAAGGGAAAACGUUUCGCUUGUGGCGAGCGGCUAACGGGAAUGUAGCUUCUUACACACCCACAUGAGAGAGAUUAUUUCUGAUCAUAUUUUCAUGUAAGGAGUAAAGGAUCUCCUGUAAAGAAAUAUGUAAUCGGAGUUGGUUUUAAUUUGUUAAUGUAUGAAAAUAGUAAAAUUUGAACCAUUUGGUUUGCUAAGAAAACAUGAAUGAAUAAUUCAGUACAUUAAAUAGAGGCACUUAUUUUCCACUAGGCUGAGCGAUGAAACCCAGAAUGAUACCAGGUCAAUCUGAUUACAUGGACAGAUUGAUUUCUGUUUUGAUCCGUCUUUCCAAUUACCUGUGCACAAGGAAGAAAAUUUGAUUUGACUUACAAGACAUACCUGAGGCUUUCUCUUUAGUUAGGAAAUGUUACCAGUAUGUAUUUUGUUUGCAUUCUUCUCCUUGUGUGUGUGUUUUUUUUUUUUUUUUUUUUUUUUUAAAUAAUGUGUUAAGUAGGAAAAUGCUGCUGGAAAUGUCUUAUUAUAUACUGUGCCUUUUUCCUUAACCCUCCUAUUAGGUUUUGGGUCUAUUGGACCUGAUUCUAGUUUCCAAUUAACUUAAAUGCUAUUUCUUUUCAUUUUCUGUAUAGUAUUUUAUGACUUUUCUGAAGUUGGGGUCAUGAACUUAUACACAGAAAACA